AUGAACAGCCCUUCAAAGUUACAACAACAAGCGCAACAGCAACAACAACAUCUUAUAACGGCUGAGGAGAGGUUGUUGUUGGAUAGUAUUGGUGAUGAGGAUGAAGAUGAUGACAAUCAUGAUCUAAGUAAUAACUCUGAUGAUAAUAUUGAUACUUCUCAUGAUAAUGAUGUCGACCCUAUCGAGCGUGAGCUGCGAAGGAAGAUGCUGUCAAUGCUGACAAGCAGCACAGGGCAAGGCAUCAACAGUGACAAUGCCAAGCAUCAUCAACAAGCGCGUCCAAAUCUACUCAAGAAGCACCAACAUCAACACCAACAACAACAGCAACAGCAAGAGCAUGUAAUGCACAACAACUCAACUAGCCUCAGCAACACCAUCAACAGCAGCAAAAGCAAGAGUGUUGGUGGUAGUAGUAGGGCUGGCAACAACAUAAGGAGCAACAACAGCAGCAACAUCAACAACUACGAUGGUCUCAGCGAUGCAGACGAUACAUUUGUUUGUUGUGAGGGUCAGCGUAUUGCACAGAUGGCCUUGGACAACAAGUGGGUGGUUGUCGCCAACAACUGCGUGCUGAAGGAGUAUAAGCUGUACGCUGUUGAGGAGUGGAUAUUCAAGAGCAGCCGCCUGUGGUCGGCUGUCGAGUACACCGGCAAUCAGAACGAUGAGAUCAAGGUCAGCGUGGUCAAGGCUGGCCCCAGCGCCAAUGCAUCACAGAUCAAAGCCCUGCAGUCGAUGCUGUCUAAAGCGCCAAGUGGAUCAUUCUACACGAUCCGCACUAAGAUGGGGCAACUCGUGUUGGCCAACUCAUCAGUGUCGUCGCACUUUGGCCUCAAUCUCAUACCCAUUGAGAAGGGUGACUUUGACAGUCACAUCGAUACUCUCAAGCUCAACCUAUCGCUCAAACGAUUGGGUUGCACACGACCCAAGUACCAGCUGUCCACCACACUGCUCGAUGUCUAUGAGAAGUCGCGCUUCGAAGCUUUGGCUGGCACGGCAGUCACCAACCUCAUGACCGUCACCAGCUUUGUCAAAGAGAUUCAAGCUGCACUCUCCCAUCUCAACUAUCUUCCGCUGCUCACCAAGAUUGAUGGUAUCUACGAUCAAAAGACAAUCAAUGCAGUCAAGGCCUUCCAGAUUGAUUAUAACAAAAGGAAUGCAAGUGAUAUACUACAAGUUGAAGGAAACAUUGAUAUACCCACAUUCAAGGGUAUUGUAACAGAGAUAAUGACACUCAAGAAGAAGAUUGAGUCACUUGGCUUCAAGACACCAGACAAUCCAAUCAAGAACUACAUGGAGUUCAAUGAGCUGAUGAAGAAUUUCCAGGACUCCUAUGGUAUCUACCCAGAUGCACCAGGAAAGAACAUCCUUACAUAUUUGGAGAAUGUUAGCAAGCACGCAACUUUCUACCACGACAAUGACAAUGACGAUGACAAUAUGAGUGAGAAGAGUGAGAAGAGUCUGGUGGACAGUACAAAUAGCUUCAGCGAGUCAGAGGGCAGCUCAGGAGAUGUAAUAAUGCCCGCUUCACCAUUACAACUAAAGAGACCAUCGGCAAUCACCAAUGCCUCAACACCAACAUCAGAUUAUUCCAGGCACUCUUCACCAAUGCCUCCAAACAACAGCUCUUCCAGUCCAUUGUUUUCCUCAUCUCCCAUUGUACAAUCACAGAACUAUCCAUUGGUGCGAUCAACGAAAGGACUGAUCUUGGACUAUCAUCAACAUCAACAGCCCUCCCCACCAUCUCAUCAGCCAACACUUGUACAUCAUCAACCACCACAAUCUCAACAACAACAUCAACAACAUCCUCAGCAACAUCCACAACAUGGACAUAUGCCUGGUGCGAUCCAUGUUGAGCAACCACACCAUCCUCAGCAACAGCAACCAUUCUUCACUGAGGAGAUGUAUGACGACUAUGAGACACCAGAGGAUGCCGAGGAGAAGCAGAAGCUUCGCGAGACCAUUGUUAAACUGGAGAAGAUGAUGGACACUCAACAGGCAGAGUACGAUAGACUCAAGAAGGAGUUUGAGGAGCUCAACGACAAUUAUGUAGAGCUGCGAGAGCAGUCACGUCGAUCGAUUGCCAUUGUAUCCACCAACGAGCGUAUAUUCCAGGAGACUCACCACCGUUGGUCCAGGACAUUCCACAAGGAGCUUCCAGAGAUUGAAGAGAAGAUCAAUCAGAAUGUGGACACUAUUCAAUCUUAUUCCAACAGGAUCAAAAGGUUGGAGGACAUUGUCAUAUCUGUACAAAAGAAGAACGAGAGGAAUGUGUUUACAGUGCUGUCAUCAUCACUGCUUAGUAUAGUCUCUCUUAUUGCCGUUGGUUUUGCCUAUCUAAUCAUGUUCUUCCAUGGACUGAAGCGCAAGUGGUAUCCAUCUUCCAAGCCCAAGUCAUCCAGUGAGGAGAUUCAAAGAUUCAUAUCCAAUCAGAAGCUCAAGGUCUCUGAGUUAAUAGAAGACCUGGAUGACAAUGACAAAGAUCAAACUGAGGAUGUCGUCAAUGAUAAAAUACAAUAG